UUUUUUUUUUUUCAUUGUCUGCAGAUCACUACCCAGGAACAACAACAGAGCCACAUCACCACCACAGAUCUCUUCCAAGAGCAUUCACAUGGCACGUGUUUACAGGCAACAGUCCAAUGAAUAUCACGUGAACAACUUGUUGCGAUAGUACCUGCUGACCUCUUGUUCUGAUUCCGAGAACUUUUCAUACCACCCUCGUAUUUCAAAGGAUUUUUUUAAGAUGUCUAUAAUUUUGAAAUGCGAAGUCAUGACUGGGCACCAUACUGUUGACGCAAUAUCAACAAAAUCUGAAACGAUACUUCAAGAAUGGAGCAUAAAUCAUCAGGCAGUUUGUUGUAUUGUUCGUGACAUUGAUUCUAACAUGAUUAACCCAUUGCAGUUGUCUGUCUUUCAUUAUGUGAAUUGUAUAACACAUCACAUUCAGCCUUGUAUUUGAGCUGCUGUGGAAUCACAGGAGUGCCUACAACUUAACUGCUAAAUUGAGAAAAAUUGCCAUCCUUUUCAAUCAUACUUGGUCACAAACAAACCAAGCAGGAAAAAUUCAAAGGGAAGCCUUAAUCAACCUGUUUUAUCUGUUAUUCCAAAUUUCCCAGCUUGGAACAUAUUGUUAAACAUAUAUAAAAUGAAUUUUAGUUUUAUAGUAUAUCUUUAGUGCAAGUAUUGUGUGUUUUGUUAUGAAAAUCCUUUCUGUUAAUUUAAUUUAUUCUAUUUCCAAUUGGAAUAGCACAUUCUGGAGCAAUUUUCAAAACUCAAGGGUUCGCUAAUUUUGCACUUACGUUCAGAUCCAAUUACAAUGAUCUCCACUGACGACUGGAUAAAUGUUCAAAAAUUUGUAGUAGUAAUGAAAACUUCCGAAGAAAUUACCAGAAGCUUAGGCAGUUCUCACGUGAGCAUUUCAUCAGUCAUACUGCAAAUUCAAGUUCUUGUCACCACUUUACAGCAAGAUGAUACAAAAACUGAUAUGAGGUUACUUUGUACCACUUUAUCGUCAAAAAUUUGGUUUUGAGCAAAAUGAGAUACUUGUAGUUAGAAUUUUUAGAUGAAAUUUAUUUGUAAACCUCCAGAAGGAUUUAGGAACAUGAUUAAUGAGUCAUAUUUUCGAAAAAUGAAAUUUGUUUUAUAUUUAUAAUGUACUAAAAAUGGUGCAAUGUUACCCAUUGGAAAGGGCUGCUUUCCACUAACAUAACUUUGCUUUUUCUUUAUGAGAGAUGGUGCACUAUUUGACCAUCUGAGUCAUACCUUGCACCUUAAAAUCAACAAGUAAUCAACGUAUUAUGCUUCAGGUCAAAUAGUGAUUUAUUUUUCAAAUCAAAAUGUCUUUUAGAAAUACAAAAAUAAUGUAGUAAGUUGAUACAGUAAGAAAAAUAUGGUUAAUUUAUUUGGCAUCAUAACACAAAUAUCUAUGUAAACAAUUAGGCAGACCACUUCAUAUCAAUUUCUGGGUCGGGAUACAAGCCUCUCCUAGAUAUUUGCUUGGGAGGAUUAAUUCCUCCAAGUACAUCCUCCCCUUGGUACUCCAUUAUGUCAUCCCUUUCUGGCCAUUUCCAUGAUUUGAUGAAUUUUUGCAUUGCUUUGAUAACUACACAGUCUUCUUUAACUUUCAGUUUCUGCCCAGGAAAUAUUUCACCUUCAUACUGGAGGACAACAAAAUCCCCGAACAUCCUCUUUAAAAGUUUCUAGCGCCUGAUGGUGACGUCUGAAUUGCAGUAGAUGAUUUAUCGUGAUAGUUCGAGUGCUGUAAUGGAGUCAUUCUCGUAUUUCGACAAUGGACGCCGUAAAGUGAUGACAUAUGAAGAAUUCGUGUCCCUAGAAUGCCCUUCUGGCAGUGAAGAUGAGUUCGAUUUUGACGAUUCAGAUGAAGACCCGACAAUAAAUGUAAAUGAUCUGGAAUCUGCAGAUAGUGAUAGCGAGCCUGAGGCUGCUGUAGUUAAUACGCAUAAUUCAAAUAAUUAUUGUUUGAAGGAUGAUGAGAAUGCAGCUGUUGCUGAUGCACAGGUACCACAAGUUUUUGCACAUGUGCAAAAUGUUGCUGACAAAAAUUGCUUUCUUGUAUUCCAUAGUGUUUAAGACAAGUGUGUCUCAUUAAUUUUCGAAUAUGUCAUUAAUUCUUUCAUAUCUGUUGUUAAUUUGACACGAAAAAAAAUAUUUUUUACAGUUAACCUUUUUGUGUGAAAAACUACACACGGUUUUGCAUAUGUGCAAAGUGUCACUUAUGAGUGUAUAUGAUAACUUUCCCACAGUUUUGCAUAAAUGCAAAAUGAGUAAAAAUAAAUUUUUUUCUUAA